GAGCUGCUUAUUAGGCCACGCGUGACGCAACCACGAGCCAGGCAAUGUUGCAGAUGCUGCCGGCCACACCCCUGACCUCAGCCUCAGUCCUAUGAACUUCCUAAAGACAAUUCGCAUUCACACAGGAAUCACAGGAAAUACCUCGUCGUGCCGCGGGAGGCAGCGACGGUGUAAGGAGGCUCAGCAUGCAGCUGGCAGGGGUGACGCUGGCUUCGGUCUCGCGGCGCCGCUCGUGGUCCUCGUGAAACAGACUGGCUCUUGGUGGCUGUCAGGCGUAUAACUCAUUCCUGCGGAGAGCCACAACUCCCGAUCCCUAGUGCUUUAUCUGUACAUUUAGCCGAGAUCGAAUGGCUGUUCACUUUUGGCGAGUGGUGGAACCCGAGGCAAACGUCGCAGUGUGGAGCAGUCCGAAAGUGGUGUCAAAAACAUAACAAAGUUCGCCAAGAAUUCAGUGUGUCAUUAAGGAGUGAAGAUACAAGAUACAAUCUACGAGGCAUUAUCUAUAACCUGUGAAUCCAAACUUUUGAAAACUGAAAGAGUAUAUAUAUAUAUCUAUUUUUUCUUAGUUCUCGUUAAAUACGGAUAUACCCCGUCGACCAAUUCCUUCAUACUUAGGAUGUUGCAUCAUAACUCUCCACCGCGCGUCAGUGCCGGCAGCACACACGCCUCAAGAGAUAUGGCGUGGAAAUAGCACUGGUGGUCGUUUACUAUGGCAACGAAGACCUAUCACAAGCAUCGCGCUGAGCAUGGCGAUGGGGCCGCGGAAGAAAGCGGACUUCUUCAACAGAGGUCGAGGAUACGAAUUCGAGAGCGAUGCUGACGAGCCCACAGAAGGGUUCUCCAGCCAUGAGCCUCUCCUGGAGGCGCCGGGCUAUGACCCCGACCCGGCGCACAGCCUGGAGGGCGGUCAGUACCACGACUCCACGAGCUACGCAGGAGGCUUCUGUCCGUACCAGCCGCAGAAGCACGCGACCUACGAAGUGUCUCAGCCAGGCCUUGACCCCGAGGCGCCCUACCAGUACUCGACCCCGCAGUACCCAGGGCCCUCGGGCUACUCGCUGCAGUGUCAGGACGAAGGGCCUCACGCUACCGCGGGGGGAUCCCUGGACUCGGCGGGCGGGGCGCGGGCGUGGGGCGCGUCCGGAGAGCAAGAGGGAGAGAAGAAGAAGGGGAAACGGGCGCAGACCUGCCGCCUUUGCGCUAACCACGGCCUUGUGGUGGAGAUGAAGGGCCACAAACUCUACUGCAAGUACCAGAAGCCCCACGAUUGCGCCAAGUGUGAGAUCACCCUCCAGCGACGCUACUACACAGCUGCUCAGCAACGCAUCACCAGAACCCAGCAGCUACAGCUCCAGGAAGGCCAGGAGCCGGUACAGGCAGGUCUCCCGCCUUCUCCUGCCAACCCAAGGGAAUUUCCCCGCCUCCCGGAGCUGCUGCAGGACUGCGACAAUAUCAUCGACGAAUCCCUCUUUGCUCGCAUCAACGAAGUCGUACGGCCUCGCUCUCACCACCCGCACUGACUCCCCUCUUCCCCCGCCGUUCGCUGGCCCUUCGGUGUACCCUACGAGCUGGCUCCUUGGUGUCCCCUUCCAUGUCCUGCAGUGGCUGCCUCUUGACCUCCGCGUUCGAAAGGAGCCGUAGCGAGUGCCGGAGCCGUUGCGGAUAUCAGGAUAAAUGGCUUUACAUGUGGUUAAAGAUGUCACUAAAUUUGUAUUUUUGUAUUAUCCUAUUUGCAGUUUUUAAUUAUACGCUUAAGGUGA